CGCGGUGGCACGACUUCCGGGUGAGCGGCCCGGGGCCUGUAGCGUGGUUGAGCGACAGCUUGAGGGGAGCAGCACCGAGUCGGAGAAACGAUGGGGGACUCAUCCGGCGAGGAUCGCUUCGAUGGCAUUCUGCUGGCGAUGGCCCAGCAACAUGAAGGGGGUGUUCACCAGCUCGUGGAUACAUUCUUCAGUUUUCUGAGGCGGAAAACCGACUUCUUUACUGGUGGAGAGCAGGGAGCAGCGAACAAAUUGGUCACAGACACCUUCAAACGCCACCAUAAGUUAGCCAUACAGGCUCAGAUGGAAAAGGAGGUGAAAAAGGAAGCAGAGAGAAAAGAAAAAUUGGAACGGGCAAAGCUUAUAGAGGAAAAAGAGAAAUCUGAACCAGAAUUGAAGCAGCCAAAGAUCAAGGAGCUGACUGAUGAGGAGGCGGAGAAAUUGCAGAAGGAGAUUGACCAAAAAAAGGAGCAUAAGAAACUGGAAACUGAAGGAGAUGAAAUCACAAUCAAUGGGGUCAAGAAUUCAGAAAAACCCGAAACAAAACAGGCAGAAUCUGAAUCUGAAGGUGAAGAGGAUGAGAAGGAUAAAGGGAAGCUGAAGCCCAAUGCUGGAAAUGGUGCUGAUCUGCCAAACUAUCGGUGGACCCAGACCCUGUCUGAGGUGGAUCUCCUGGUUCCCUUCCAGGUCAAUUUCAGAUUGAAGAGUCGGGAUCUCAUUGUAGAGAUCCAAAAACGUCACUUGAAAGUGGGUCUGAAAGGCCAUCCUCCUGUGAUAGAUGGUGAGAUGUUCAAUGACGUGAAGGUAGAGGAAAGUUCAUGGCUGCUGGAGGAUGGAAAAAGCAUUAGUGUACAUCUGGAGAAGAUCAAUAAAAUGGAAUGGUGGAACAAAGUAGUAACAACAGAUCCUGAGCUAAAUACCAAAAAAAUUAACCCUGAGAAUUCAAAGUUAUCAGACUUGGACGGUGAAACACGGAGCAUGGUAGAAAAGAUGAUGUACGAUCAACGACAGAAAGCCAUGGGACUUCCAACUUCAGAGGAACAGAAGAAACAAGACAUACUGAAAAAGUUCAUGGAGCAACACCCAGAGAUGGACUUCUCAAAGGCCAAAUUCAGUUAAAAAUGCAUCUUCCCUGGAGCUGGAGCGGAUACCCAAACUGUUGGAAGAUUUUUUGCAGGAAAGACUCCCUUUGAGCAUCACCUCGAGCUGUGAAACCUGGUUUCUGAGCUUGUAAAUCAUUCAGGUUAUUCAUUGUGUGGAGAGCAAGUGUGAACCUGGCAGCUGCAGUGUAGUCACCAUGCUGGCAUCCAUUAACAAUGUCAUUUUCUGGCUGAUCUCACAUAACUAUCCAAGCACCUUCUGGUGAUGUUGUAAACUUGAUUACUUUUUAAAAAUUGCCUUUUAAGUGUUCCUCCUGAUUGCUACAUAGCAACCGGGGGAGAUGUGAAACAUGUGUUGCUAUCACCUCACUCAUUUUGUCUCUCGUGUUGUUCUGAUAAUCUCUCUAUGUACAGUUGGGGUCCUCGUUUCCUUUUCAGUGAGUUUAAGCAACGUCCUGCUAAACAUUUUGUAAACAGAUGUUACCUGGUAUUUGCUCAAUGGAUUUGUUAUUUUCCCCCUAUUCUCCACUAAGAUCAAUUAGACAUUCUGUGCAUCAGUCGCUCAUUUUGACCAGCAUGUUUUGCAAAUAAAAAUAUUAGAAGCUUUCCCUUUCAAUGAAACUUUUAAUGUGCACUGUGCAAAACUACCUGCCAAUACUUGAUGCAGGAUGAGAUUGCAAUCCGAUGUUUCUUGCCGGUUACUUAACAAAUGCCUUGGCCCAGUCAUGUCUAUAUUGCCACAGAUGGGCUACUUUGUGUUAAGUUUUGAAGUCAUCCAGUUGAUUGAACUGCUAUGCUGUGCCAGGUGAAGGCCAAAUAUUGUAAAUAUCAGGGUCAUUGCUCUCCAUUUCCUUGUCUCAGUGUUUCCAGGUCAGUAACAGGGUGGCUAGAUAAAUUGUUGAGUGCAGUGCUGGCCCUCAUGGGGCAUGUUCUUUGUUUAUUUUUAAUUUGUUUGCAUUGAUGCACUUGGACAUGAUGCUGGAAUUCAUUUCUCAAUAAAGUCAAGCCACCA